UUUUCAACCAUGCAAAACCCAUGCCUAGCUGGAGGACCAUAUAAAAGCUGAGGAUUGAGCAGGAGCACAGGAAGUAAUGCUGAAGGAGAAUGCAGAACUUCCCCUGGGACAACCACAGCUUCGUGUCUGAAUUCAUCCUUCUGGGCUUCUCCAGGGAUCCCUACAUUAAUGUAAUCCUCUUCAACAUCUUCUUCUUUCUCUAUCUCUCUACACUUGUGGGCAAUGGGCUCAUUGUCACCUUGAUUCACAUGGACUCCCACCUCCACACACCCAUGUACUUCUUCCUCAGUGUCCUCUCCAUGUUGGACAUGAGCUAUGUCACCACUACUGUGCCCCAGAUGUUGGUACAUCUGAUCUGCCAGAAGAAAACUAUCUCCUAUGUUGGGUGUGUGGCCCAGAUGUACAUCUUUCUGGUGCUGGGCAUCACUGAGGGCUGGCUGUUCUCUGUCAUGGCCUAUGACAGAUAUGUAGCCAUCUGUUAUCCACUCAGGUACAAGAUUAUCAUGACCCCAUGGCUGUGUGGGGCAAUGGUGGUCUUUUGUGGAUUGUGGGGAAUCAGCUGUUCCCUAGUCUACACUGUCUUCACGAUGCGUCUGCCCUACUGUGGCCCCAAUGAGAUCAAUCACUUCUUCUGCGAGGUCCCUGCUGUUUUGAAGCUGGCCUGUGCAGACACAUCCCUCAAUGACCAAGUGGAUUUCAUCCUGGGCUUCAUCCUUCUCCUGGUACCCCUUUCCUUCAUUCUGGCCUCCUAUGUCUGCAUCUUUGCCACCAUCUUGAAGAUCCGCUCAACCCAGGGUCAACUGAAGGCCUUCUCCACCUGUGCCUCCCACAUCACUGUGGUCACCAUGUUCUGUGGACCUGCCAUGUUUAUGUACAUGAACCCCGGGGCCAAUGCCUCCCCAGAGAGGGACAAGAAACUGGCUCUGUUCUACAAUGUUAUCUCUGCCUUUCUCAAUCCCAUCAUCUAUAGCCUUAGAAACAAAGACGUGAAGAGGGCUUUCCUCAAGUUAACAGGCUGGGGUAGGGCCUCUGAGUGA